AUGGAUGAGAUAGUUGUUGAUCCCGGUUCUAGCGCUGCCCAGUUCAGCAUCAUGCAGUCCCAACAACCACCCCAGCACGGUCCCGAGGUCCGCCUGACCGCUGCCGGUGUGCCCCGCAAGAAGCCCGGCCGCAAACCGAAACCCAAAGAUCCCGCCGACGAGAACUCGACCGCCACCGAGCAACAGCCCAAGCCGCGCCGCCCGCGCAAGCCCAGAGACCCCAAUGCCCCUCCUAUCGUGAGAAAGAGGAAAGCCGCCGCGACCGACGACGCCCCCGAUGCCGCCGACCAUGACACUUCGAUGGAGAUCGAUCAAUAUCAUGGUAUCGCCCAAAGGUCAAAAGGGUCAUUGAUGCCCCUACAUCUACUUCCCCCCGAUCAACGGCCGCCAAAGAUACCCAAGCGCGAGACCCAUCCCGUGUCCAUGAGCCAUCUGCUCAACGAAGAGGACCCACCGCCCAAGUCCCAGCCUACCGCUUCCAGGCAAGUCUUUGAUCCUAUAAGAGGCAGUUACGACCCAGUCCGAGAAACCAUGAUGUCCAGAGACGUUUUCGGCACCGGCUCCAUCAUGGGUUCUCCGCGCGCCCCCACCUCACAGCCUGUCAACCGAGCCAGCGCCUCGCCAUCGAUUGCGAGCUUGGUCGACCCUCCUGCUCCCCCCAACAUCAUGUCGCCUGUCCCGUCACACCAAACGCCUUACAACACCGCUGCCACAAAGUCGCGACUCCAAGAAUCAACAUCUGCCACUCCUCCCUCCUCCAACCCUGUGCGCUCCACGCCACAACAAAUCGCCAAGCCGCAAAUUAUCGAAGUCAGGCUUCCGCCGACAUCUUCAGCAGCAGCCGCUACCAAUGCAGCAACAGCGGCUCCAUCAACAACAGCUCCCCCUACCAACAACAAGAAGCUCACAGCUCUUGUGCAACAAGAACGCGAAAGCACCCAUUCCCGCGGAAACAAGACCGGGAGCAACCACUCCUCAGAAGCUGUCAAACCCAGUGGCGGCAGCAACAGCCUUAAAGAUGCCCUCCUCCCCCCCUUACCCUCGGUCGGUGGUCACGGCACCGAGCGGUCCAUCCUCGAUUUUGGCAAGGUUAACCCCGGUCAGGAAAUCGAAGCACCUUCAAUCAAGAUCCACAUUCCUCUGAAUGGUGAAACAAACAAGUACGUCAACUUCAUGCGCAUGGCCGAGGAGCAAUACGGUUGGGACGCUCUACACCCUCGACAAGCAGCCAACCGGGAGCGCAAAGCGCGCAUCGCAGCCGCUACUGCCGCACUAGAAAAGUCCGUGGGCACCAGUGGGCGGGAGUCUGGAGAGGAAAUGGACGAGGAUAUCCAAUCCGACGCGGAAAACAGCAACAUUGAGAUGGGCGGCAUGGGCGGUCUCAAUCCCACUACAAAUGGCGUCGCCUCGGGCCCAGAGGCGCCAGCGAAACCGGCGAGAAAGAAGAGGAACUUCAAGGAGGACGAAUACGAUAUCGAUGAUGACUUUGUCGACGACUCGGAGAUGCUCUGGGAGGCGCAAGCGGCUGCUUCCAGGGAUGGAUUCUUUGUGUACUCUGGCCCGCUGAUUCCCGAGGUUCCCAAGCCCGAAGUGGCACCCCCGGCUCGUCGCGGACGCGGUGGAGGAAGAGGCAGCAGAGGCGGACGAGGUGGGACAACACGCGGUGGUGCUAAUGCAGCAGGACAUGGAGCGGACACCGCAGCGUCGGAGAAACCAAGUGGACGAGGACGAGGCGGUGGGCCGGGGAGUCGAGGUGGUCGGGGCGGCGGAGAUGGAACGAGGAAGCCGAGAAUCACGAAACUGGAGAAGGAGCAGAGGGAUAAGGAGAAGGCAGAGAGGGAACGGCUGGCGCAGAUCACGGCGGCGGCCAAGGCAAGUGUGGCAGCCGGUGGAGGACCUUAUAUGCUGGGAUUGACUCCACCUGCUGCGGCUGGAGGACCGACGGCGAUGAUGAUUGAUUAG